GUUUUUGUCGUCGAUCCCCCCUAUGAGCAACGAGGAGGCUUUUUUUUUCUCCUCUCUACUGUUGUCUUUAGGUUAGCUAUGCUACAAUCUUUACUGUACCCAGCGCUAGCUAUAUGCGCCCCGCACCGCCACACACUUAGGAUCUGGGAAUAAAUCAACUUCCAGCCGGUCGCAGCCUGCGCCGAGAGACUACACACAGAUUCUGCAGGAGAUUACCCAGAGUGCCACUGGGCCGGAGGUCAUCCAGGAAGGAGAGCGCGCGAACGACGAAGCGAGAGGAACUGACACUGAUCGGAGGAGGAGGAGAGGAGGUGGAGCCUCGAGAGCCCCUCCCCCUCCAGCGAAGCCCCUCCCCCCACUGAGGAAGUGCACUUGAACGCCGCUGCUAUCUGUGAUGCCCUCCCAUGACGCCCAGGUCGGGAGCUGACGUUGCCAGUGAGCGGGAGACGCCACUGCACAACCGGUCCUGGGCCAGCGCCAUCAGCCGGUUUUCGCCCUCCCUCUCGCACACUGGAGACUACCCCUCUGUCUCCACACCCGCCGCCAUCGGCUCCGAUCCACCACAGUAAGCCCCCUUCAAAAUCAGACAGGCUGACGUUUUCAGCCAGCACCAGCAGCAGCCAAAUACCACCAGUAUCUUCAGCGUAAUCAGCAACACCAGCACCACCGUCGCCACCACAUCCACCAGCAGCCGCCAUGUCCAGUCGUAGGAAGUCCUCCACCCCCUGCAUGGUGCGGGUUGUCAGUGACCUUCCCGAAGAGCAGGGCGACCCGGAGGACAUAAUGGACGUGGAAAUGUUACCGGACAGCGGGGUGAGGGAAUCAGAAUCAUGUGAAUCAGCUGAGAAGAGCCAGAGCCCCAAGCAGGAGAAUCCAGAGUAUCCAGACCAGCAGAUGUUUCCAAAACUAGUGGAUGUCCAGAAUCCAGAGCCAUUAGAACAAGAGGAGCAGUCGGGUAAAGAGGACUCUAUCAACGAAGACGUCAUUGGAGGUGGAGACGUGAAGGACAGGGAGGUGUCCACCUCUGAGUCGGCUUCCCAGAAAAAGCAGCUCAGAGGCUACGAGUGCAAAUACUGCCCGUUCUCGACACAGAACCUGAAUGACUUCAAAGAGCACGUGGACUCGAGCCACCCUAAUGUUAUUCUCAACCCGCUGUACCUGUGUGCUGUCUGUAACUUCAGCACCAAGAAGUUUGACUCGCUGACAGAGCACAAUGAGAGCCGGCACCCGGGUGAGACAAACUUCAAGUUUAAGAGGGUAAAAAUGAACAAUCAGACUAUCUUGGAGCAGACAAUCGAAGGCAAAGACAAUUCAGUCGAAUGUGAUUUGACAAAUGAACAGGGUGAAGGCAACAAUAGAGGAGCGUUUCCGCCUUGCAUAUCCACCACAGUGAAAUCCCCGGACAAUAUCCAGUCACUUUAUCAGGGGAGUGAACUGAAAAGCCAGCUGGAUGGUCUGAUCCCGAAGGAUCAGAUCACGGCGGUCAACAUCAACGGAACAGUCAUAAUUCCUGAACCCACCAUCCUCCAAGGGCUCUCACAUGUCUCGCCGUUGCUCCAGCGCCCACCCAACUUUAACUCCAUACCAAAAAUAGCUGUUCCCCUGAACACCACCAAAUAUAAUCCUUCCCUGGACAACAACCUGACACUGAUCACUUCCUUCAACAAGUUUCCUUAUCCAACGCAUGCUGAGCUCUCGUGGUUGACUGCCGCCUCCAAGCACCCCGAGGAGCAGAUCAAAGUGUGGUUCACCACCCAGCGGCUGAAGCAAGGCAUCACCUGGUCCCCAGAGGAGGUGGAGGAAGCCAGGAAGAAGAUGUUCAAUGGCUCCAUCCCUCCUGCCCAUCACACUUUCACCGUCCUGCCUACAAGCCCCAUUUCUGAGCCGUCUGCCAAAGCCUCUCAGCACCCCAUCGUCCACACGACAGUCGAGCACUCAAGUCAUGUUAGGACAAGCAAUUCCAAUGGGUUAAGUGCAGUCACCGCCGCCACAAAUUCUGCCGCUGGGGUCACCAUUGGGUCCAGCCAUACUCUCAAACGAUCCCUACCGACCCACAUGACGACGAUGUUUGGCCCAGAAUCAAAGCGGCCCAUCAUGGCGGUUGCACCCCACUCUGGAGACCCUAAAGAGAAGGGCCUAAUGGCUCCUCCUCCGCCUCCACCACCCCUUAAAGAACGCCUUCCUAUGGCUCCGCCUCCCGUUCCCAUGGAGAUGAAGAGACCUGUAGCAGUUCCUCUGGUCCCCAUGGAAAUGAAGAGGUCAUCCGCUGCUGUGCCUUUAAUGCCCCCGCCAUCAUCAUCAUUAUCACCGUCUUUGUUGUCCAAAGGGAAGUUACUGACGUCAAUAGCUCCUGUUUCAUUGUCAGGAACCCCCAAAACUAAGCCGAUGAUGUCACUGCCCUCCAUAGUCUUUCCAGAGUCCUUAACAAGGCCUUUUAUAGCUCCCCCGCCUAUUAUUGCCCCUCCAUAUAAGAACUAUCUUAUUCCUCAUCCUGCGUCCAUCUCUUCCAAAGACAAGCACCCGAUCACCCAUGCUUUGUUAGCCCCAGAUCUGAAGCUGCCGAAUUCACCCCCUCUUAUCGGCCCACAGAUAAGGAGGCCAACUAUCAUUCAGUCAGCUCGUGCUCCAGCAAAAGCCCCGUCCCAGAUUCCAGGGUUCCCCUCUGAUGGCAAGAAAUCAAAGGAGCAGCAAGGAGUGGAACUGAAAGCCAGCUUCCCCAGAGGAGACAAAGUACUCACUCCUCUAUCAGAGGCCAAUGGCAUGUCGCGCACGGAUGCCAAAUGGUCGCGUGAUCAGUCCUCCCCUGCCCACAACAACGGAGUCAUUCAGUUUGAUGGCAGUGAGCCACCAGCACUGCUGAAACCCGAGCAAAAACAGAAGUCAUCGGUGCCCACCCAGUUCCCCCUGCUGGAGAGGAUGAAAGGAAAAACAGCGGAGCAGCUGAAGAUCUUGGAGGAGAACUUUCUUCGGAACAGCUUCCCCACACACAGCAACGUAGACAAUCUGGCGGCGACCACCCGACUGUCUCACCAGGAAAUUGACAGCUGGUUCCAGGAACGCCGUGCUCUCCGUGACAACCUGGAACAAGCCCUGCUCAACUCCAUGGGCACCAAGAGGAUGGUCGCCGGUAGCAUCAGCGCUCUACCGGACAAACGACCACAUCAUCAACAGCAGCAUCAGCAACACCAAACUCUACAGCUUAAUGGGAUUCACAAACCAAGCACCGGUGGGGGCCAUCUUAAAAGCCCUCCCCCAUCUUCCCCCAUCCUGCCCAUUGUUGCCCCUGGCCCCAUUGCCCCCUCAACCCCCAACCCGACUUCCUGCUCAGUGCCUCCAGACAGCCGAUCCCUGGCGCUCCUCAAGGACGAUUUUGCUCAAACACGGUGGCCUUCCCCUGAGGAGUUCAGCCAGCUGGAGGCUCGAACAGGCUUGGCACGCACCGACCUUGUCCGCUGGUUCAACGACAGCCGGUCAGCACUAAAGAGCGGCGGUAUGGAGUUGACGGAACUCUUUCACAACAGCACCGCUAGUGGGAUGAAUGGUGGGCAGGGGGCGCCAGUGAGCUCACCUGAAAAUGCUCCCAGCAUCAUCCAACGCUGCCAGGAAGGAGGCAUACCAAACAACGGCAGCAGUAAAGUGCUGGAGGGCGAUUUGGGCCGGCUAAUGGAGCAGCACACUAACAGCCUCAGCAGUCAGCAGCACCAGGAGCUCCAAGACUGGUUCAGCGGCAGGCUGAGGCAGCAGAGCGCAGCCGAGCUGAAGAACGGAGGGCAGAACGGAGGAGUCGGAGGAGCAGCGGGAGCCCGCGACGUGUUCGGGAGCUGGCUGGAGGACGGACACUCGAGGAGAGGACGGGAGCUGCUCCUGGACCGAGACAAGAAGAUGGCGGAGGACACUUCUGGGAGGCUGACUGGAUAAAAUGGUGCGAAUAGGAUUUGCCGCCGCCGCCGUCGCUGCUGUCAGUAACAUGCAGGAGGAAAGGAGAAACAGUCAAGCAAUGGAGGAAAACAGAAUUGAAGAUUUUUUUUUUUUUUUUUUAAAUCAUCAGAUAUUGUUUUGUUUUUUGAUUUUUUUUUUUCUUUUUUUUUUUUUAAUAUAUUUUUAUCACUUGAUUGUCGCAUCCCAGAUCACGCACAACAUUUCCCUCCAUCAUGUCGGAGGUAAUCUUGUCAGCCCCCCCCCCCCCCCCCCCCCCCGCCCCCCCUCGCAGUGACCCGCCGCCCCGCCCCGCAGAGCAAACAGACGAGCGUCACUCAGACGAGCCUCUGCAGCGGCAUGAACACACCCCGAAAUUAAAAACUUGACGAGUGCAAGAGAGAAAUGCAGGGCCGUGAUCUGUGAAAAUAAUUGAAAAUGCCCGACCCCACGAUGAAUCUCAAGUUGCCGCGGUUUCAUUUUUCACACCGGUGUGGGGCAGAGCCUCACCUCGUCCUCCCCGUGACGGGCGCAGAUGGAGAUCACAGGUGAAGAGUUCACCUCCAAAACGUUCUGGGGAAGAAAAAUCAUCGGCGCUUCCUCACUGAGUUUCUGUGAAGCUCAGAGGCUCCAGAGACAUUUUGUCAACCGAGUUUCUUUAAAAUGCAGCAGAUUUAUUGUGUCUAAGUGGAGCCGCUGCUGUUUUAAAACGGCACAUAUCUCAUCCUGAGGUCUGAGGUCUGUCCUGCGGCCUCACGUCCAAAUUACACUGCGGUAUAGAUCAGAGAACUUAAUAAAACAGCAUUUUAUCUCACGGCUUUGACUGCAGAACACAUUCAACAUCUGGGAGGAGGUUCAUGUUGGAGCGAGGCGGCGACAGCAGGGAAGCCAAUCAGCACUGAUCCAGUCCCAGCAGAGGAACCAAUCACAGCCCCAACGCAACCAAACCAACCAAUCACCGACAGGCUCCGGUCCCUAACUGGACCAAUGAAGAGUCUCCUUGAUAUUUGUAGUUGAACUAGACUGACUGAGUGGAGGUCCUGCUCUGUGAGGCAAAAAUCAAAGUUAAAGAAAUGCUCUUGUACAAACCCAUUAGGCUUCGUUCCCUCUUUGCACCAUUGAGCUUUAAUGUAUGCCACAUAAAUAAACCUAAAACUAAAACUAAACAUUCAAAAAAAAGUUCCAAAAAGUUCAGUUUUUCUUGAAUCCUGAAGCUCUGGAGUGUGAAACUCUCAAAAUUAGAAGUCCAGUUGCAUGACUGGCUGCUGCCAUCACUGCAUCAUUACUGCGACUGGCUCGUGACUUUCAAAAUAAGAGCUUCACACCUGGCUGACGGAGCGUCUCAGUCAGAAUCAAAGAGGCGAGUUCCUCAGAAACAAAACAGCAUAAAGAGCAGAAAGGCUGAACUUUCCCUUUAAAAAAAAUAAAAAUCUGUUUCCUCACCUUCCCUUUAAGUGAAGUAGGAAGAAAAAGCUGCUGGGGUGGCGAUCAAUAAGAUUGGCUCCUGGACUUUCCCUUUAAGAGCAGGCUUGUUUAGUGAUCAAUACGAUUGGUUUCUUAACACUGAGAGACCUUCCCUUUAAGAGCCGACUAGUUUAACGAUCAAUGUGAUUGGUUUCUUACUGUCCCGAACGUGCCCUUUAAAAAAAAAAAAAAAAAAUUUGCCAUAGUUAAUGAUCAAUACGCUGAACCUUCCCUUUAAGAGGAGGCAGUUUGUAAAAGCCCUGAACUUUCCCUUUAAGAAGCCUCGGCAUCAGUCUCGUGCGAAGGGGCUGACCGGGUCGAACGUGCUUUUUUUUUUUUUUUUUUUCCUCCUUGGGACGGAUGGAUGUGGACGAGGCGAUGUUGUGCGUGACCUGCGUUGCCAUGGAGACGCGCGGAGGCGAAAACCGGAGCACUGAAUGUGUGCCUGCAGCAGCGGUCUGACUGUACGACUGACCGACCGACAGGGUGGAUUUUUAGAAAAAACAAAAACACAAAAACAUGAACACACACACACACACGCACACACACACACUCAAAGAGGAAAAAAAAAAAAAAAAAAAAAAAAACGCCGAGUGCCAAAGCUGGGAUCUGCUGCAUUCUCACUACACUUUUGAAAAAAAACAAA